CUCUUUUCCAACUGCAGCUAGGUGUCGCUACUAACAAUGCGGUCCCAAACGUGACGUAUACAUAUCUCUAUAUUUGUUCUCCAGCACAAGUAGAGGAGCAGGUGGCAGAAGAACUGGAAGAAGACGUGAAGAUUGUGAUAGAAGACGAGAGGUGGGACGGACAGUCCGGGAUGGAUGACGACCUCAGACAAGAGGAGGAGAUGUUCCAACAAGACCAGGCUAUGAUGGAAGACGAAAUCAAACAAAUAGAGCAAGACGAAGCAGAGGUUAGAAAAGAAGAGGAAGAGUUGAAAAAGGAAGAAGAACAAAAUCUGGAUGACCCAUAUCUUGCGGAAGAGGAACAAGAACUGGAGAUGGAAGAGGAAGACAUGAAAGAACAGGAGAAGCAGAUAAAAAUGGACGAAGAAGAGAUGAAGAAAGAAGAAAAAAUGGAGAUUGAGGAAGAACGAGGGGAGAAAGAUACUGCAAUGGUUCCAGAAGCUGAGUGCUCAUUGGACGUUCUCCGCCCGUGUGUGGAUACGUUCGUCACUUCCGUGGGGUCACGUGAUCCCUGGUGUGACGUCAUGGACACCCACCUGACCUGUCUACAGGACGCUAAGAAGAACUGCAGUUUCUCAGCGCAUAUCGAGGCCUAUCGAUUCGGCUUCAUGGACAUGGCGUCCGCCUACGUAGAGUCCGGACUGUGUCCAUCAUCUACCUUCAACAACCUGGAAGAGGACAGAGUCUUUGAACAGCUGGAGGACACGAGGGAGGGGAUCUACAACCCUGGUGAUGAAGAGGAGGAGAUGGAGAAAGAGAGGAUGGGGGAAGAGAGAGAGAUGGAAAGAGAGAGGAUGGAGGAAGAAAGAGAGAUGGAAAGAGAGAGGAUGGAGGACGAGAGGGAGAUGGAAAGAGAGAUGAUGGAGGAAGAGAGAGAGGAGAGAGUGGAGGAGAGGAUGAUGGAAGAGCAGAGGAUGAGUCAGGAAGCCAGGAUGCAGAAUGAGGAAAUGAUGCGGGAAGAGUCCCGGCAAGAGUAUGCUGAGCGUCAACAAGUGACAAAACAAGACAACACAGGGCGCUCUAGCGGAACCAGUCAAAGCGGUAGUGCGGCCCUCACUCUUACCGUUGCGACUACGCUUGCAACUUUCACACGAUAGAUGAAAUGAACCGCCGUCCCUCUAAAGUGGGCCUACACGUAAGAAAAGUGGAAUUCGAAUGUCAAAGAUCGAAAUACCAUUUCUAAUACAGUAUGUUCUAUAUAAUCACAGCAGUGUGUAAUAGUCUUAUUCAAGGAUAAGUUUGUUGAAUGCGAUGCCUGAUUUAAUUUCUAUAGUUGUCAUAAUACAAUGUACAUUAUAUAAUUUCUAAUGCCGUUAUCAAAAAGGUCUUCUGGUGCUUGAAUGAUCAUAUUGCUGCUUCAACAGUGGAAUUAGAUACAUAAAUCGCGCUCCUAGCGGCCGGCCCUACCAUUGCCGCCGCUCUAGGGGGAGGGGGUCAUUAACCCCAGCCAGCGAGAGAUUGUGUAAACACAGGCUAGUUGACAUCUGUACCGCAAAAAAAGAAUGUUUAUAUCGUGAUGAGUUAUAAAGAGAACGUGAUAGAGCUAAUACUGCCUGAAUAUGUUGUAUAAUGUCUCUUCCUUGAUUAAAAUAAUACUUGAUAAUUUAUAUUAAUUAGCAUGAAAGUCAAUCUGUGUUGGUAGAAUACAUUGUAGCAAAAUUGCUAAACUUUCCUUCCAACACUAUAAUAACGUAGGGACUUAACAUUUAAAUAGAAAGGGUCAUUCUGUGAACAAGGUCGACGGAGAUUGACCGAAAAUUUUAAGUCCUUACGUUAUUUUAGUGUUGGAAGGAAAGUUUAGCAAUUUUUCUAUAAUGUCUUUGCGACUGUAAAUACCAAAAACGUUUAGCGAUAUAUUUCCGGAAAGAAAUGCAUUCUCGAACUUUUGACGUAUCGCAAGUACCCCUAAGUAGACGUACGGGGCGGCUAAUGCUUUUCCAGAAAUAAGAUACAACAUAUAAUUGUCCGUAGACAAUAGUAAGCUAAGAUUUUACAAAAAAUGUCAAAUCUGAAUGCUCGAUGGAAUAUUAUAUGAAUCACAAUGAGUCUAAUGAACGAUCAGCCAUAUAUAAUAAGCACAUGUAGUAGAGAUAGAAAGGGCCCGCUAUAAACAGCUCCCUGUCCACGAAAGAUUAUAUACAUAUUGCUAAAUGAAUGCAGUGGAUUAUGAAUUAUAUUUCAUUAGUCAGUGUACACACUAUGAAUCUGAAAGAAACAGAUUAUUUCAAACAGUUGCCACAAUCUCACCCGAGCCUUUGCCUUCUAAUAGAUCACACAAAGAAUCUAUAUUUCUACUUGAAGCACAAAAUCCAAUCGUUAUACAACACGUUGGACAACCAAUUGACCACUAGCUUCAAAAAAGAAGUCAAACCUCACAAUAAUAUACAUUGUACCAUAUAAAUUUAGUUGAUUAGACCCUAGUGUCAUGUAUCACACUAUUUUAUGCUCUUAGAUUUUUGAGACUGUACGUGCAAUCAGCCUUCGGUGACCGGGCAUGAUUUUGCAUAUAAUACAACUAUAUAAUCUUGUCAUACCUGAAGGUAUUGUCAAAAGAUAUUAUCCUUUACACAAUUAUGCUAUGCCAAUAAAUGAUGAUGGUCGAUGCACUAGUA